UCCGGAACCCCCGAUCUCCGGCGAGCGGCCAUGUCGCUCCACCAGCGGCCGCACCAGAAGCCGCCGGCCGCUGGCGACGUCCUCCCCAUCUCCUCCCCCUCCACCGGUACAGCUCCAUCCCGCCCGCUCCCCUACCUCUUCUCCCUCCUCGCGCUCCUCCUCUUCGCAGCCCUCCUCCUCCCCUGGGGCCCCACCCGCCCCUCCUCGGUCCCCGCCUCCCCGUGGCGCGCCUACACGCUCCAGGAGGCUGCGGCCUUCGCCGCCGCCGCGGGCAACGGCACCGUGCUGCUCGCCGCGGUCUCUGGGCCCUACCUCCCCUUCCUCGCCAACUGGCUCAUCAGCGUCCGCCGCGCCGGCCGCGCCGACCAGGUGCUCGUCAUCGCGGAGGACUACGAGACUCUAGACCGCAUCAACACCGCGUGGCCGGGGCACGCCGUCCUCGUGCCCCCCGCGCCUGAUGCUCGGAGAGCGCACAAGUUCGGAUCCCAGGGUUUCUUCAACUUCACCUCGCGCCGGCCGCGGCACCUGCUGCAGAUUCUUGAGCUGGGGUAUAGCGUCAUGUACAAUGAUGUCGACAUGGUGUGGCUUGCCGACCCAUUCCCCUACAUUGUCGGGGAUCACGAUGUCUACUUCAUGGACGACAUGACUCCUGUGAAACCACUCGAUCACUCGCAUGAGCUGCCACCGCCAGGUAAGAAAGGGAGGACAUAUAUUUGCAGCUGCAUGAUCUUCCUCCGGCCGACUGAAGGUGCCAAGCUGUUGCUAAGGAAGUGGAUUGAGGAGCUUAAGGUGCAGCCCUGGUCGAAGCAGAGGAAGUCAAAUGAUCAGCCAGGUUUCAACUGGGCUUUGAACAAGACUGCUGGGCAGGUUGAUGUGUACCUGCUGCCUCAGUCUGCAUUUCCAACUGGUGGCCUAUAUUUCAAGAAUAAAACAUGGGUCAAAGAGACGAAGGGCAAACAUGUCAUUAUACAUAAUAACUACAUCACAGGGUUUGAGAAGAAGAUAAAACGGUUCCGUGAUCAUGGGCUGUGGCUGAUUGCGAUCACAAGGACUCAGAACUCCAUGGGACAAGGAGCUGCCAAGGCGAAGCAAGGGGGUGAGGAGGCAGCGCAGAAGACGGAGAAGAAGGACGAGAAGAAAGCGCACAAAUCCAACGAUGCAGACGCGCUCAUUGCGUUCAUGAAGCAGCAAUACGACGACAAAGUGAAGCCUGUAAAGAACUUCGAUGAAUUCUACCACGCCAUUUACGAGCUCAUCCAAAUGUUCUGCGAGAGCCGUGGGCAGUUGCAGUACAGGAUACCAUCAAAAGAGGAGCUCCAGAAACAGUACGAGAAGGCCCACUCGGGCAGCGCGAACCUGACCCCGGAGCAGUUCGAGAAGAUCGCAACGGGUAUCCUCAAGGUGGACAGCUUCACCUUCGGCAGGGCCGCCGUGGACAUCCUCCUCGUCCUCUUCGGCCUCCCCGUGUGCGCGCUCCUCACCAAGAGGGUCGUCCCGGGCCUCAAGGCCAUCUCCGACGACAUCGUCAUCCCGGCCGCCACCUCCGGCGCCGUCGUCUACCUCGCCAAGUCCAACAAGCUCUGACCGGCGCCAAGUCCACGGAAAAGCAAAACCGGGUGGCGCAUGUUUCGCCGGAAUAAAUGUCAUAUAUGUUGCAAACGAACUGUAAAAACUGUAAACUGUGUCAGAUCUCGAAAGAUUGAACCGUACGUAUAUCUUGGUGAAAUGGGAUUUGUUUGAAGUUUACCAUUUGA